AUGCACCACCUCCUGGAGCAGUCGGCGGACAUGGCGACCGCGCUGCUGGCGGGCGAGAAGCUGCGGGAGCUGAUCCUGCCCGGCGCGCAGGACGACAAGGCGGGCGCGCUGGCCGCGCUGCUGCUGCAGCUCAAGCUGGAACUGCCGUUCGACCGCGUGGUCACCAUCGGCACCGUGCUCGUGCCCAUCCUGCUGGUCACCCUGGUCUUCACCAAGAACUUCGCAGAGGAACCCAUUUACUGUUACACCCCGCACAACUUCACCCGCGACCAGGCACUGUACGCCCGUGGCUACUGCUGGACGGAGCUGCGGGACGCCCUGCCCGGCGUGGAUGCCAGCCUGUGGCCGUCGCUGUUUGAGCACAAGUUCCUACCCUAUGCCCUGCUGGCCUUUGCUGCCAUCAUGUAUGUGCCCGCACUGGGCUGGGAGUUCCUGGCCUCCACACGUCUCACCUCCGAGCUCAACUUCCUGCUGCAGGAGAUUGACAACUGCUACCACCGGGCAGCAGAAGGCCGUGCCCCCAAGAUCGAGAAGCAGAUCCAGUCCAAGGGUCCUGGCAUCACCGAGCGGGAGAAGCGUGAGAUCAUCGAGAAUGCGGAAAAGGAGAAGAGUCCCGAGCAGAACCUGUUUGAGAAGUACCUGGAACGCCGGGGCCGUAGCAACUUCCUGGCCAAGCUGUACCUGGCACGGCAUGUGCUCAUCCUGCUGCUCAGUGUGGUGCCCAUCUCCUACCUGUGCACCUACUAUGCCACCCAGAAGCAGAACGAGUUCACCUGUGCACUGGGCGCCUCACCCGAUGGGCCGGCGGGCAGCGGGGGGCCGGCGGUUCGUGUCAGCUGCAAGCUGCCGUCUGUGCAGCUGCAACGGAUCAUCGCAGGUGUGGACAUUGUGCUGCUGUGCUUCAUGAACCUCAUCAUCCUUGUCAACCUCAUCCACCUCUUCAUCUUCCGCAAGAGCAACUUCAUCUUCGACAAGCUGCACAAGGUGGGCAUCAAGACCCGCCGGCAGUGGCGCCGCUCGCAGUUCUGCGACAUCAACAUCCUGGCCAUGUUCUGCAACGAGAACCGUGACCACAUCAAGUCGCUCAACCGACUGGACUUCAUCACCAACGAGAGUGACCUCAUGUACGACAACGUGGUGCGGCAGCUACUGGCUGCCCUGGCCCAGUCCAACCACGAUGCCACACCCACCGUGCGCGACUCUGGCAUCCAGACUGUGGACCCCAGUGCCAACCCCGCUGAAGCCAAUGGCUCCUCUGAGCCGCCCGUGGUCAAGCGGCCUCGCAAGAAGAUGAAAUGGAUCCCCACCAGCAACCCGCUACCGCAGCCCUUCAAAGAACAGCUGGCCGUCAUGCGUGUGGAAAACAGCAAGGCCGAGAAGCCCAAGCCGGUGCGCAGGAAGACAGCCACAGACACACUCAUCGCCCCGCUUCUGGAUGCUGGUGCCCGGGCGGCCCACCACUACAAGGCCAGUGGGGGCGACUCAGGCCCCUCUCCUGCCCCGCCCUCCGCCCCCGAUAAGAAGCAUGCCCGUCACUUCUCCCUGGACGUGCACCCCUACAUCCUGGGCUCCAAGAAGGCCAAGCCUGAGGCACUGCCUGCCACCCUGCCCGCCUCCCGGAGCCAGGAAGGCGGCUUCCUGUCCCAGGCAGAGGAGUGCGGGCUCGGUCUGGCCGCAGCACCCACCAAAGAUGCCCCACUCCCAGAGAAGGAAAUACCGUACCCCGCAGAGCCAGCCCGAACAGGGCUCCCUCCUGGGGGCCCAUUUCACGUCUGCUCACCCCCUGCAGCCCCUGCUGUGGCCCCUUUGUCACCAGGUGGCCUGGGCAAGCCUGAUCCCCUCACCAUCCUGAGCCGCAACGCCACGCACCCCUUGCUCCACAUCAGCACGCUGUACGAGGCCCGGGAGGAGGAAGAAGGGGGCUCCCGUGCACCCCCAGAUAUGGGUGACCUCCUGGCCAUCCCCCCACCUCAGCAGAUCCUCAUUGCCACCUUCGAGGAGCCAAGAACAGUCGUGAGUACUGUGGAGUUUUGAGGGGCGGGGCCGCUCAGGCCGCCAAAAACCCUCCGCAUGAGCCAGGGGUGGCCCAGCGGAGCCCUGCCCCAAGCGGAUGGGGCCUUUGCUCGCCCGGCACUGCCCACGUCCCCAGCCUCCUGUCUGCAUGCCACAGGGCCCAGCACCCCUUGUACCCAGCUUGACAUGGCAACCAGAGGUGCAGGCUGGGGCUGGAGCAUGAGGUGAGGGACCUUCCCACUGCAGCAUCAGGCACUCCCCUGGGGUGCUGGGCUCUCAGAUGAAAUUUAUUUUUUUAGGGGGUUUUGUAGGCUGAGGCUAGGGCAGGACAGCUCAGCUCCCACACCUUCACCCAGCCCAGGGUGAGUGAGGACAACACUGGGGAAGGAGGUACCAGCCUCAGGGUCACACCCCAGGGGUCACUCGCACAGGGACUCAGCCCCUGUGGAUCCUGAUGCUCUUGGG